AUGUCGCAAUCGAUGGCCAACGACGAGCUGGAGCGGGUGGUGGACUUCAUCGAGAAGAUGACACAGGACGGCGUCGGUCUGGGCGAUCCUGCCGAGCGCAUGCCCUGGCUGGCCGUCACGGAGGACUACGACUACACCGACAACGGAGGCUCCUCGGCCACCUCCACCUCCGCUUCGACUUCCGCGUCCGCUGGCGCAGCCCCCGCCUUCACCAAGGCCGAGGUCCGUAAUGACGCGAAGGGCCAGAGGAAGAGUCUCCUGUCGCAAGCGCGCGAGGAUCAGAAGGCGACGCCGGCCAAGGAAAGCAGCGAAAAGAAGAAGGGCAACGGAGCGCAGAAAGAGGCACCGGCCAGGGGAAGGAAGAAGGUGCAAAUGCGGGUGGCCGAGCAGAAGCCCAAGCCGCAGGGGAAGGCGAAGUCGGACGAGGUCAAGCGAAACGCGGACGAAGCUGGGGAGGUGGUGUCCAACCUAAAGGCCGAGCUCAGUGGCCCUGCUGAGGAGCAGAAGAAGAGUUGGCUGGCGUCUUCGUGCCGGCGAGCUCGAGCUAGACAAUGGCAGGCGCCCGGCGGGACGAUUCCCUACGGGCCGAUCAGGGGUUUCCACGCCGGCCGCGCCUGCCUUGCGCCCUACCAGAAAGAGAACCCGGAUGCGCUCGCCAACCUGCUGCCCAAGGCGCAUGAGGACCAUGUGCCGGCGAAAGCCGAGCCAGACCACCUGCCGCUGCCCAUCCACCCGCCGGCGAGACCGCACGCGAUCACCCUCAUCUCACACGUAAAGGGCGAUCGCUCGAUCCCGUUGAUCAGCAAGCCCAUUGGCGCCUUCUUCGAUGAGCAAGUCGAUCUGUACGGGGAUAAGGAGGCCUUGCGGGUCGUUCACCAAGAUAUUCGCUGGUCGUGGAACGAUCUGCAGAGACAAGUGGACGCCUUCUCGCAGGGACUCCUCGACCUGGGCUUCGAGAAGGGCGAUCGCUUGGGCAUCUGGCUGCCCAACACGGCCGAAUGGGUCGUGGCUGAGUUCGCAACGGCCAAGACAGGCAUCAUUUUGGUCAACGUGAACCCAGCCUACCGCGUCUACGAGCUUGAACACUCGCUCAACCUCGUGGGGUGUAAGGGACUCAUCGUAACGGACAAGCUCAAGUCGAGCAACUACUUCGAGCUGCUCCAUGAAUUACUUCCCGAACUCGAGCACACGGGAGAACUCAACUCGACCAAGGUCCCUACGCUCAAGCACCUCAUACAGAUCACAGAUCAGCACGUCAAAGGCACCGCGGCUCGCCAGUACGUGGACGUGCUCUCCGAAAAGGCCAGCAGUCCAGACACCAGACAGAAUCUGAAGUCGCUCGCCCAGGCCCAACACGUCGACGACGCCAUCAACAUCCAGUUCACCUCCGGAACCACCGGCCUGCCCAAGGGGGCAACGCUGACUCACCUGAACAUCCUCAACAACGGCUUCUUCGCCGGCGAGAGGAUGGGACUCACCCCUGACGACACCCUAUGCGUGCCGGUUCCGCUCUACCACUGCUUUGGUCUCGUGCUAGGAAAUUUGGCGGCAUUCACGCACGGGGCGAAGGUAGUGUACCCGUCGCCCUCCUACGAUCCUCUCAAGGUGCUGGAAGCCGUGCAAGAGGAAAAGUGCACCGGCCUGCAUGGAGUGCCAACGAGCCUUUUUGUGAGCUGCUUCCUCACGUCCGUGUACCCCGCACGCGUGGUGCCAGUGUUCAUCAGCGAAUUGGAGCAUCCCCGUUUUAAAGAGUUCGACCUCAGCUCUCUGCGUACGGGCAUCAUGGCGGGAAGCCCCUGCCCCAUUGAAGUCAUGAAGCGGGUCGUGAACGAAAUGCACAUGAAAGACGUGACCAUCACGUAUGGCAUGACGGAAACCUCUCCCGGCAGCUUCCAGACCGAGGGAAACUCUCCGCUGGAGAAGCGAGUAGAGACCGUGGGGCGAGUCCAUCCCCACACCGAGUGUAAGAUCGUUGACACCGAAGGCCGGACGGUUCCAGUGGGCCACGUGGGCGAGCUAUGCACGAAAGGGUACCUGGUGAUGAAGGGCUACUGGAACAACCCCAAGAAGACCGAGGAGUCGAUCGACGCUGGCGGAUGGAUGCACACGGGCGACCUCGCAGUGUUUGACGAGGACGGCUUCUGCAAGAUCGUGGGUCGGAGCAAGGACGUCAUCAUCCGAGGCGGAGAGAACGUGUACCCGCGUGAGAUCGAAGAGUUCCUCUAUACCCACCCCGCCAUCGAAGACGUUCAGGUCAUCGGCGUUCCCAACAGGAAGUACGGCGAGAAGGUGUGCGCCUGGAUCAAGAAGAAGGACAACACCAAGGCGCGAGCUGUGACUGCCGAGGACAUACAUGCCUUCUGCAAGGACAAGAUAGCGCAUUACAAGGUGGGUGAGCACCUUUCCUUGGCCACCUGCGCAGUGAAGUGGAGUGCACCUGGUCGCCUACUCACCUACACGCAGAUUCCUGAGUAUGUGGUCUUCAAGGAGGAGUUCCCGAUGACCGUGACCGGCAAGUACAUGAAGCACAAGAUGCGAGAACAGACCAUCGCCGAGCUUCACCUCGAGAAGGAAGUCGUCGCGACCGCCUGA